AUGGAAGCGUCUCGCACGCGCCCCGGGGGCCUCAUGCUGCCUAGUCCCGUGGAUUCGGUCGAGUCACUUGCCUCGUCCAGCUCCAAUACCAGCUCACGAUCCAGCCUUUCUGACUCGCCGGGGGACGUCAACAACGGGGAGCCAGAGCCAGAGCGCUCGGGAAACGUCAUGAUAACACUUUCGCUCACCCCCGAUCCACCUCGUUCGACGCCGAGUCGCCAGCCGUUUCCUCGUUCGCAUAUUCGGUCGCGGUCACUCGCAGACGACCCCGGUAGCCCUGCCAUGAUCCGCGCGCACUCGUCGCCUGGUCUGGACUCGAGAGGGAGGUAUAUCUUUGUGAACGGUCGCGGGUCGCCCGCGAACAUGGCGGAGAAUACACCUAAGCGGUAUCUACCUCUACAGCUGUCGUACGCGGAUUCGUUCGAGCCGAGGAUGCUACACCGCAAGAACAUCUCCGAGACGAUAUCAGAACACGCGGAACUGGAUACUUCGGGGUCGUCGUCCGCUGCGAAUACAGACUUCUACUUGUCUUCACCCGUCUUGUCACAUUCUACGCCGCGGAUCGGUCGCCGUCGGCCCUCGUCGCCGCUACAUGUCCCUCAGACCCCGUCGAUCCAGGUCGCGGGCAGCCCGCUGUCCUCCGCGAGUUCGUCUCCUGUCAUUCUCAGCUCCCGCUUCAACGAGUCCUUCCCGAGCUACUCGGUCUCCUCUGCCUCUUCGAUGCCCUCGACCCCGACGAGUCUCCGAUCCCGCAGCCCGAGUAUAUCCUCGCUCGAGACGAUUCCGGACAUCCCCGAUGCUGAAGCCGCAGCCAUUGAAGCAGACCGCAUAGCCGCUCUCAAAGCCGCCGCCGACAGGGCAGACGAUGCGGACGCCAACAGCGUCAGCCGCCGGCGUGGCAUAUCGGAUAUGUCCGGUCCGUCUUCUUUCGCAAACACGCGCUCGGGUCGGAAACGGUGGAGUGUAUGCGGAGCAGAGCGUCGGCAGGAUCUAGAUCUUGAGACUAUAUGGGAAGAUUGA